AUCAAUGUCUCAGUUUUUCAAGUUUCUCUUCAAACCUAUAAUGGGGUCUUGCUGAAUGAUCAACCAAUAAAAAUAUCUGAGUCAUUGUUGCGCAGUUUCAUAAGAAAGGCACAAGCUUUAAGCGUAAAGCUUCAAACUUUCCAACUUGCAAGGAGAAAUUAAGUAAAGGGUAUGGCGCAAUUCACUACGCAGGGUCGCUUAAAGCUACUCUUCAAUGGGGAAGGUGUGUCAUCUCUUUUGGAAUACAAGGACCCUUUUCACUACAAGUGCAGAUCAGUGCAAACCCACAAGAGAAGGCCAAGGCACAUAGGUUCUUCCGCUAGAAUUUACUAUGCAACAUCUCUGAGUGGCAAAACCAACCGUUGCAAUGCUGAGGCACGCCCCACUGUUAGUAAUGAGGGUAUUCAUGAUUAUUAUGAUGACGAUAAUGAUGAUGAUGUGUUGGAGGAAGAUGGCUUGUCUUGUUUCCGAGGUCUGGUGUUGGAUAUAGCAUACAGGCCAGUCAAUGUCGUAGGCUGGAAACGUGCUAUAUGUUUGGAGUUUAUGGAGAAGGCUGAUGUACUAGAGUAUUAUGCUAAGACGGUGAACUCCCCCAGUGGAUCUUUCUAUAUACCAGCUGUCUUAAGGGUUCCUCAUUUACUUCAGGUUAUUAAAAGAAGAAUAGUCAAGAACACUCUUUGUCGGAGAAAUAUACUAUUUCGGGACUAUUACACCUGUCAGUAUUGCUCUUCGCAUGAUAAUUUGACAAUUGAUCAUGUGGUGCCCAGUGCACUAGGUGGAGAAUGGAAAUGGGAAAAUCUAGUGACUGCUUGUGACAAAUGCAACUCAAAGAAAGGUAAAAAAACUUUAGAGGAGGCAAAGAUGAAGUUGAUUAAGGUCCCAAAGGCCCCAAAGGAAUAUGACAUUCUUGCCAUACCUCUUACUAGCGCAGCUCUAAGAAUGCUAACAGUAAGAAAGGGAACACCUGAAGAAUGGCGUCAGUACCUAAGGUCCUCUUCAGAAUCAUGAGUUAAUCUUUGGUGGUAGUGGUUCAUUCCUGUAUGUCAUGUCAUACACACUAAAUUUCUCCUUGCUCACCCCAAAAAAAAUAAUAAAGAAAAAAAUUGUCAUCACUAUUUUAAGUAACUUCAAUUUAAUAAUAAAAAGUUCAUUGUGAACAGUGUUCUUUAAUCUCAGUGAUUGUGUAAAUUUUAUGUAUAACAAAUUCCUGCCUAAUUUGUAUGUUAAAAUUGCCAGACCUCUUAACCUGGUCUUGGUUUUGUAGCUGCUUGUUGGCACAUGGAUUAGAAUCUUGUUAUUUGUAGAAUCUUGUUAUUUGUAGAAUCUUUAUUUGGUAAUAAUGA